CGUUUUCAUUAACUUUCCAAGAAGAAGCUUUCCAGACAUCCAGGUCUUCAAAGCAACCACACAGGCUCCUCAUUUCCAAUCAUGAAAGGAACCAUCUUCUCUGACAGCACAUCCAGAGAAGAGCUGGUUGUACGGCAGGUGAGGGCCGCAUUCCAGACAGGAAAAACCAAACCUCUGGACUACAGAAUCCAGCAGCUGAAGAAUCUGAACCGCUUCAUCUCUGAGAGGAGGAGCAACAUUGCAGAAGCUGUGAAGCAGGACCUGAACAAGAGCGAGCAUGGCACAGAUCUGUUUGAGACUUUGGGCUUGGAGGGCGAGCUCAAACUGGCCAUAGGGAAGCUGGCGGAGUGGGCAGCGCCUCGACCGGUGGAAAAGAACCUCCUAACAAUAUCAGAUGAGGUUUACGUGCAGCCGGAGCCCCUGGGAGUGGUUCUCAUCAUUGGGGUCUGGAACUACCCCUGGGCUGUCACCCUUCAGCCACUGAUUGGAGCCAUCGCUGCUGGUAACGCAGCAGUUAUAAAACCAUCUGAAGUCAGUUCGCACUCUGCUAAAGUCAUGGAGGAACUUCUCCCUCUUUAUCUGGACAAAGAUCUGUUCCCGGUGGUGACAGGCGGCGUGCCGGAGACUCAGGAGCUGCUGAAGCAGAGGUUUGAUCACAUCUUCUACACGGGAAGCAGCACGGUGGGCAAACUGGUGAUGGAGGCUGCAGCUCGGAACCUGACUCCAGUCACUCUGGAACUGGGAGGGAAGAGUCCCUGCUACAUCGACAGGAACUGUGAUAUCAGAGUGGCCUGCCGCCGGAUCACGUGGGGGAAGUUUGUAAACUGCGGUCAGACCUGCAUUGCUCCGGACUACGUCCUUUGUGAACCGUGUAUCCAGGCCCGUGUGGUGGACUGCAUCCGACAGACUCUACUGGAGUUUUAUGGCGCUGAUCCCAAAUGCUCCCCAGACUAUGGCCGGAUCAUCAACCAGCGCCACUUUUCCCGUGUUCUGGGUCUGAUGGAGGGUUACACACCCAUGGUGGGCGGGCAGAGCGACGCCUCCCAGCGCUACAUCGCCCCGACAGUCCUGAAGGAUGUUCCCCCCGACUCCAGGCUGAUGCAGGAGGAGAUCUUCGGCCCGCUGCUGCCCAUAGUGACCGUGAGCGACAUGGAUGACGCCAUUCGCUUCAUCAAUGAGCGAGAGAAACCACUGGCACUCUACGUCUUCUGCCACGACAAGAAGGCAAUAAAAAGGAUGAUCCAGGAGACGUCGAGUGGUGGCGUAACCGUUAACGACGUGAUGAUGCACUACACCCUCAGCUCGCUGCCGUUCGGUGGAGUCGGUCAAAGCGGCAUGGGCCGCUACCACGGCAAACACACCUUUGACCAGCUCAGCCACCAGAAAGCAUGUCUGGUCCGCUCGCUGGCCAUGGAGAAUGUCAACCUGAACCGGUACCCGCCUCAGGACCGGCGCCGGGCACGCCGGGCACAACUUGCCCUGCGCUCACCCAUGAUCGACUUGUCCAAGUCCACAUUCGUUUGGGCCAUCGCCGUCACCGUAGUUGCCAUGGCGCUGCUUGUCACCCUGUUGGUCAUCAUCCUCAUUGCAGCCGGCCUCAACUGCACGUGCUGGUACUGGCGAGGGUUCUAUUAUUAGAGAUGAACACUCAAAGAACUGCUGCUGCAGAGACUCCUGUCCUCAGAACUCAUGUCAACACACUCUGAAUCCAGUUCAGAAUCCAGGUGUCUUACAGAACCCCCCCCCCCCCCCCCAAAAAA